ACUAGACUUUAAGUCAACAAACAUGGCCGACGAUGGCGAGAAGGUUGCACGAGAACAAAGAGGUCGCUACCGAGAAUACAUGCGUCAUUCUAAUCCAUACAAAUUUCCAGCGGCAAGAAGACGAAAAGGCAACCUCUAUAAAGCGAAACAAUCAUCAACUGGUACACGAAAUGAUUUAAACAAAUGCGAUGUUGAAGAAAUGAUUCCCGACACGCGACAUGCACAGCCUCUUUGUACUGGCGAUCCUGCUGAAAUAUUCGAAGCAGAAACAAACAGCAUGAUUUUAGGUGAAGACUGCAGCUAUUUUCAAGUGCAAGACAUGGAAGAUUCAAGCACAUUUGGAGUGGAAGAAGAAAAUAAUUCGGGGAUAAGCGGAGACGAAUUUGAACUGUUUGAUUCCGCGGAUACUAACACUUUUGAACAAUUUGUCAAAGACGAGGAUGCUUGCUCGGACAUUUUCAGUGACUGUGAGAACCCUGAUGAAAUAGACACUGAAUGCAUUCCAGAACAUUGUGGAGCAGAAUCAGAUGACAUGCUAUAUUCGGGAGCUCCAAUCACAAGUAACUCAAGUGUUGUGUUGUUGCUAUCUUUCGUGUUUAAGCACAAGCUUACACGUGAAGCAUUCAAUGAUUUGCUUGCAGUAAUAGAGGCUCACUGUCCCCGGCCUAACAACUGCAAGACAACAGUAAACAACCUGUUCCAAUUUCUGAGCAGAGCGAAGGGAAAUGUUGUCAAGGAUUACUUCUGUGGUUUCUGCAAGGCAUAUUAUGGCAAAGAUGUCAAAGGAAACUGUACCAUUUGUGGCAAAAGCAUCCAAAACAACGGUGGAUUCUUCAUUGAAGUGCCUAUUGAAAAUCAGCUACUUAAGUUUUUCUCUGGUAAGUGCAAGACUAAGUAUGUAAUUGUGUUACAGUAUUAAAGUAUUUUCAAAUGCUACUACCACAGUCCAACAGUCGUCAUAAUUUAUAACAUAAUAUCGUUAUUAUUUUCAUUAUCUAUAACAAAAUUCUGGUUCUGGAGAGGCCUAUUUGUCAUGUAAUUGGUGCAUGAUCAGGUUGGUACUGUACAUGUACUGGUAUCCAAUGUCUGCAUACUUCAAAUCGGAUACCUGUAAUUGGACACCUACGUCAUUUGCAGGUCAAUCGACAUCAAUGGACAGUUUUUUGGGUCCGGGGAGGUGGGGAUUUCACACAAAUCAUGUGCAUUCUGAUACAGGGAUUUGAACCUGGAACUGCAAAAAUUAAUGCAUGCCUCUUUUGCAUAUGAGCUGUUACUGAAUACAAUUUAAGCAUAGAUUACAGGGAAA